CACGUGAAAAUGAUUAAUUUGAAACCUAGAAAUAUAAAUUAUAUGUAAUUUGAAUAAUAUUUUUAAAAAUAGUUUUAAAAAACUAUUUUUUGAUUUCAAAUUAAAAAAUUAUUUUAAAAAAUGAAAAUCAAUAAAAAUGAAAAAAAAAGACAGCAUCUUUAUGAGAAGUGUGCUACAUGAACAUAGACGGGUUCCCCUGUUAAGUUCGAAAGCUAGCCUCCAAGCUGUCCAUGCAUGGGACAGUUGAAUUCUGGUGGUUGUGAGACCACCAUAAUCUGUCUUUAUUCCCUUUAAUUCACCUCAUCAACAUCGUCAGAUGAUCCACAUAUCCAAUCAAACCUUGGAAUAAGCAACCCCCAUUUCCAUACCAGUUUUGCAGAUUCCGUGUCCCAAAACAUAAAAUUCGGGCGAAUCAUUCACGUGGGAAGAUUGACCAAUCCAACCACUCGGCACCUUGACCUCGCUCACCGAGUCACCGACGACACAAAAAUAUCCAAAAUCCAACUCCCAGGGAGUCAAUUCCGAGGGAGUUCCAAGGGAAUCACAAUGGCCUCCUGGAAUUCGACUUCGCUGGAAAUCGUAUAUCAAGUAUUUGGAUGGACAGCUUUCGUUUCCUGGUCCAUCAGUUUCUACCCUCAAGUCAUUUUGAAUUUCCGAAGAAAAAGUGUUGUGGGGUUGAACUUCGAUUUCGUGGUGCUCAACUUGACGAAGCAUUCGUCGUAUUUGAUAUACAACGCGGUUCUCUACUUUAGCUCUGCUGUCCAGAGGCAGUACCGUGAGAAAUAUGGAAUUGGACAGAUGAUACCUGUGGCUGCAAAUGAUGUUGCUUUCUCAAUUCAUGCUGUUAUCUUGACAGCAUUUACUUUGUUUCAAAUUGCAAUCUAUGAGCGUGGAACUCAGAAGGUUUCAAAGAUUUCCAUUGGAAUUGUUUGUGCUGCAUGGUUAUCAGCUGCAGUUUGUGUGAUCAUAGCUUUGCCAAACCAUUCUUGGCUUUGGCUGAUUUCAGUCUUUAACACAAUACAAGUUGUUAUGACGGUCAUCAAAUAUGUUCCGCAGGCAUUUAUGAACUUCCGGCGGAAGAGCACAGAUGGAUUUAGCAUUGGCAACAUUUUACUAGAUUUAUGUGGAGGAGUGGCUAAUUAUGCACAGAUGACAGUGCAGUCUAUAGACCAAGAUUCUUGGGUGAACUUCUAUGGAAAUAUAGGAAAGCUCUUGCUAUCUUUGGUAUCUGUCUUCUUUGACCUCAUCUUCAUCUGCCAACACUACCUGCUCUAUCCUGGGAAGAAAGCGGGCUUCGAAAAUAAUGGAACUUAAAUGCAGGGGCUGUCAUCACACGUUAUCAGGUUAGCUUGUAGCCAGGUUUCUCAGCAUCACUAUCAAGUUCUGAGGAUUUAGUUUUUCAUGAUGAUAUAUUUCUCAGGAACUUGAUGGAGAUUCUCAAAUAAUAUUAAUUAUCUGCAGUUUGGAUAUAUUUUCUGUUUGUUCUGUUGGUUCGGUUUGUUCUCAUCUCAUCAAGAAUUAGUAUGACAGGAUUGGGAUGCCUGUAUCAUACAUUUUGAUUUUGGGCCUCAUGGUCCUAGCCUGAUAUGGGCUGGGCCGAGUUCCAAACACUCCGUCCUCUUACCAUCCCUCAACCCAAGUACCAAGUACCAACAAUAUGGUAAAAAAUAUUUAAUAAAACAAGGCAUUGGUUUAGUCAUGUAGUUCGCAUAAUUAUUGAAUGUUUAUUGUCACUGCUAAAUUUGGGUUUUGCAAACUAAAAAAAUUAUUUUCCUUCGAUAGUAUGUCAGACUAUAAAAUUUAUUUUAUUUAAAUUUUGAAAAAUGAUAAAAUAUGUAAAAAGGAUAAUGAAACAAAUUCAAAGUUUUGUAUUUUUAGUUACAUUAAAUUAAUAUAUUUAUUUUUAUUUCAUUAUUAAAAUAUUUUUAAAUGUCGAAAACUUAAAUUUAAAAUUAUCAUUUAUAUUAUACUAGUAACUAAUAAUAUAUUUAGGUCUAACCGAUAGGAACUUGUAGGACGAAUUGGCCAUAGCAAGUUGAGGAAAGUUCUUUUAUAAUAUUUAAUAUUGUUUUCAUAAUAUCAUCUCUAAGUCUAUCUUUUGUUUUUUUUUUUUAGUUUUCCAUAAAUUAAGUGAUGAAUUUUUAGGUUUGUCAAAAAUAAAGAAAAGAUAAAUAAAUAAAAAGUGAUGUUUAUAGAAGAAAUUAAUAUUUAUUUUAUAUUUUUUGUUUUAAUCCAUGCUCCUUUACUAUUACAAAGGUGUAAAUAAUUUCAAAAGGUUCUAGCAGAUUUAACCUAAGGAAAGAUCAUUUGAGCAAGUUAUAACAUUAGGCUCUAAAACAAGACAAUUGUUAAGUUAUGUAGUUAGUAUGAUCAUUAACUAUUUAUCAUAACCGUUGUUUAAGCUUGGCUUGUUUGCUAAAAAUUAUAAAACAUUUUCCUUGAAUAGAAUAUCUACUAUAAGAAAAUUUAAUAAUAACAUAUGGUUGGAUAUUAAUAUUUUUUGGUUAAUUAAAAUAAGAAUGAUUUCAUUAAUUAAUUAUUGAUCUUCCACAUAAUUUUAUAAAAUGGUGAAAAAGUUAAAUAUUAUAAACUUAUAAAGUAGAAAAUUCAUAUUCAUAAAAAAUAAAUAAAAUAAAUAAAAAAACCCUUCACAAUGUAUCCAACAUCCAAUUGAAUUACCUUUGUAGACAUAUAAACAAAUUAAGGAAUGAUUCGAGUCAAAGAAAUAUAUCAAUAAAUAUUAAAACUUUAAUUUAAAAUUAUAUUUUAUAGUAGGUUUUAAAAUCUUAUUUUACGCCAUGAUUUUAGGUCUACUAUUGCCCAUGAGGGAGUUGAGAAUUAUUAGGCAACGUCACGUUAGGUCGAAUUUGUGUGAGUUAACUUUCUAAUCCUUCCCACUCACGAAAAUUGCAAGAGAAAGAAUAUUGCCAUAUUAUAAUAUUUAAUAAAGCUUUGUUAUCAUCUAUCUUUUGAUUUUUUUAAGGUUUCCAGAAAUUCAGCAUUUUCCCAAAUAGAAAAUAAGAAAUUAAUAUUUAUUUUAUAUUUUUAAUUUGAAACAUGAAUUAUUUUGUGAUUUAUGAUAAUAAAUAGAAUUUUUAUUUAAUUAUAAAAGGAAAAAAAUAUUUAAUUUUAAAUUAUAAAACUGAAAAAGAAAACUGCUUUUAGUUUUUUAUUGAUGAAGUGGUGGAUGAGCUGUCGGGGAAGUCUCUCUCCUUUCAAUAUCGGUUGAUGCCUUGCUCCACAAGGACAACGACUCAUUAAACUCCUUGCUUCCCAAGCUUUCUGCCCGAUUCCCUCUAUAUUUAGAAAAUCAUUUUCCUUGACAUCCCAUUUAUCACUCGUCAAUUUUCCAUCUUCCCAAACAUGAAGAGAGAGGGUCGCCAACACGGGAUGGUCCGCUCCUACCGGAUCCUACCACCGCCCUGGAAUCCCAAUUCCCAAGAGAGGUUCGUUAACAGGUUCGAUUCGCCUCCGACGGCCGGAGUUUUCACAAAGGUGUCGUCGAAGCCCACCAAUCACUCCAAGUUCACCGGGGCGUGCUGUCGGACGAAGUGCCUGGACUGCCAUCUGCUCCCGGCUUGCAAGUCAAAGGGCAAGACAAAGGGGACACAGAAGAUGAAACCGCGCGACAUGGUUUCCAAUCAUCGGUUGAUCACUUGGCGUCUGGUGGAAGGGAAACCGGGAUUGAAUUUUAAUGGGAUUUCUGCUACUGAGGUUUUGGAUCAUUUGAGCCGGGAGGAUUUUUAUGAUGAUCAGUAUUACAAUGAUGAAGAUGAAGAUGAAGUUGAAGCUUGUUACGAUGGUCAUUACGACGAAGAAAAAAUUGAAGAUAGCGGUCACGCAUGCCCCGACGAUGGACCGAUGGCCGAAGAAAAGGAAAUUGAAGCAGGAGGGAUUCAAAUCAGCGGUGAAUCCGAUGAAUGCGAUGUAGAUGACGAUGACAACAGUUUCUAUGAAGUGGGGUUUGUUUGGGAACAGGUAGAUGGGGAUGAAGGUUGGUGUUUGGUGCGAGAAAUGUGAAUGUCGAAUAUUUUAUUUAGGAAUUUUUUUUUAAAAAAAAUCCUAAAUAAAAUGUACUACGCACUGUUUGGGGUGUACAGGUGCAAAAGUAGAUUGACAAGAUUAUUAUUAAAGGGUCUUGUACUUUGAUUUGUGUCCAAUGCCAAACGGUGCUUAUUGUCUAGCUUUUUAAUUCAAUAUUAUAUUAUGUUAUAUUUUAUUUUGUCUUUACAAA